AUGAAGUUCUUUAUUGAGGACCUGCCGGUUCUCUUUCCGUAUCCCAGGAUCUACCCGGAGCAAUAUGCCUACAUGUGUGAUCUCAAGCGCACUUUGGAUGCUGGUGGCCACUGUGUUCUGGAGAUGCCUUCAGGGACCGGAAAGACCGUGUCUCUUCUUUCUCUCAUCGUCGCAUACCAACAGUUCUAUCCAGAACAUCGGAAGCUCAUUUACUGCUCUCGUACCAUGUCCGAGAUCGAAAAGGCGCUGGCAGAGUUGAAAGCUUUGAUGAAAUAUCGCGCGGAUCAACUCGGCGAGGUGGAGGACUUCAGAGGGUUGGGCUUGACCAGUCGAAAGAACUUGUGUCUACAUCCCUCCGUCAAGCGAGAGAAGAGUGGCUCAAUCGUCGACGCCCGGUGUCGAAGUCUGACGGCGGGGUUCGUGAAGGAGAAGAAAGAGCGUGGCGAGGAUGUAGAUCUUUGCAUCUAUCACGACAAUCUGGACCUUCUCGAGCCUCACAACCUCAUAUCGCCCGGUGUGUGGACACUCGAUGGUAUGCUGAGGUAUGGUGAGCAACAAAAGCAAUGCCCUUACUUCACGGCAAGACGAAUGAUGCCAUUCUGCAACGUAAUAAUAUACUCAUACCACUAUCUGCUGGACCCCAAGAUUGCAGAGAGGGUAUCAAGAGAGCUGUCGAAAGACUGCAUCGUAGUCUUUGAUGAAGCCCACAACAUCGAUAAUGUGUGUAUCGAAUCUUUGAGCAUCGAUCUCACAGAGGAUUCGCUCCGAAAGGCGGCAAGAGGUGCCAGCAAUCUAGAGAAAAAGAUCAACGAGAUGAAAGACACCGAUGCAGAAAAACUUCAAAAUGAGUAUGCGAAGCUGGUAGAAGGCCUACGAGAAGCAGACGAAGCACGAGAUGAAGGCGCGUUCAUGUCGAAUCCAGCUCUUCCCGACGAUCUGCUCAAAGAGGCCGUUCCAGGCAAUAUCCGAAGAGCGGAACAUUUCACCGCUUUUCUCAAACGCUUCAUCGAAUACCUCAAGACAAGAAUGAAGGUCUUGCAUGUCAUUUCAGAAACGCCGCCGUCUUUCCUGCAGCAUCUGAAGGAGUUGACCUUCAUCGAGAAGAAGCCUCUUCGCUUCUGCGCUGAAAGACUUACAUCUCUUGUGAGGACCUUGGAGCUCACCAAUAUCGAGGAUUACCAGCCAUUGCAAGAAGUUGCUAGCUUCGCGACACUUGUGGCGACGUACGAUACUGGCUUCUUGUUGAUUCUGGAGCCCUACGAGUCGGACACAGCCACCGUGCCAAACCCAAUCUUGCACUUCACAUGUCUCGACGCAGCUAUAGCAAUCAAGCCGGUCUUCGAUCGCUUCAGCUCGGUCAUUAUCACAUCCGGAACCAUCUCCCCCCUCGAGAUGUACCCAAAGAUGCUGGGCUUCACAACAGUCGUUCAAGAAUCAUACGCCAUGACCCUCGCAAGACAAACCUUCCUGCCCAUGAUCGUAACCAGAGGUUCCGACCAAUCCCAAAUCUCCUCCGGCUUCCAAACCCGCAACGACCCAACCAACGUCCGCAACUACGGCAACCUCCUCAUCGAAUUCUCCAAACUGACCCCGGACGGCGUCGUCGUCUUCUUCCCCUCCUACCUCUACAUGGAAUCCGUCAUCUCCAUGUGGCAAUCCAUGGGCAUCCUCGACCAAGUCUGGAAAUCCAAGCUCAUCCUCGUUGAAACGCCCGACAGCCAAGAAACUUCGCUCGCCCUCGAAACGUACCGCACCGCGUGCUCCAACGGCCGCGGCGCCGUCCUCCUCUGCGUCGCCCGCGGCAAAGUCUCCGAGGGCAUCGAUUUCGACCACCACUACGGCCGCACGGUGCUCUGCAUCGGCGUCCCCUUCCAGUACACCGAAUCCCGCAUCCUCAAAGCGCGCCUCGAGUUCCUCCGCGAAACCUACCGCAUCCGCGAAAACGACUUCCUCUCCUUCGACGCCAUGCGGCACUGCGCGCAGUGCCUCGGCCGCGUCCUGCGCGGGAAAGACGACUACGGCAUCAUGGUCAUGGCGGACAAGCGGUUCGCGAAGAAGCGCACGCAAUUACCGAAAUGGAUCUCGUCGGCGCUCAAGGAGAGCGAUACGAACAUGUCCGUCGACCAGGCGGUGGCGAGCGCGAAGAAGUUUUUGAAGUUUAUGAGUAAGCCUUUUCCGGCGCAGUUGCAGGAGGGGGUGUCGACGUGGAGUUUUGAGGAUUUGAUGGUGCAUCAGGAGAAGAUGGCGAGUGAGAGGAAGAGGGAGGAGGAGGAGAUGAAUGGGGAUGGGUAUGGGGAUCAAGUUAUGAGGGAGGCGGAGGCGGAGGAGGUGGGCGAUGAGGAGAUGUAUGAUGAUGCUGGGGCGGAGGCUGCGAUGAUGGAGGUCGAUGCUUAG